AUGGCCUCCCACCUCGCUCACAUCUACGGAACUGAGCAGGACCGCGUCAACUGCUCCUUCUACCUCAAGAUCGGCGCCUGUAGACACGGCGACCGCUGCUCUCGUAAGCACAUCAAGCCAACCUUCUCGCAGACGGUGCUGCUUCCCAAUGUCUACAACAACCCCGCACACACAGCCGAGGGCGCGUCGAUGAACAAGGCAGAGCUGCAGGCCGACUUUGACCGUUUCUACGAAGACUUCUUCAUCGAGCUGUGCAAGUACGGUAACGUACAGGAGAUGCACGUGUGUGACAAUGUCGGCGACCACCUCGAGGGCAACGUCUACGUGCGAUACGAGUGGGAGGCCGAGGCGGCCAAGGCCGUCGACCAGCUCAACAACCGCUGGUACGGCAUGAGGCCACUGAUGGCCGAGCUCUCACCCGUGAGCGAUUUCCGUGAGGCGUGCUGCAGGCAGAACGAGCUGGGCGAGUGCAAGCGUGAAGGGUUCUGCAACUUCAUGCACCUUUGCCACCCGACAAAGCAGCUUGUGUCGUCGCUGCAGGCAAGCCAGAGGAUAUCCCGCAGGUCAAACCUCGCCAACGGCGGUGGCGAGGGUCCUGCCCAGGCCGACCUGGGUUGGACGCCCAGCAGUGCACGCCUCGAGGGUGGUGGCGGAUGGCAGGCGCCUUCGGACCGCAACGGCGGUGGCAGGAGGUAUUAA